AUGCUGUCGGUGGAUUCGUCCCGGCAGCUCUGCAGGAUGUUUUUCUCCCUGCAUGUAGUUUUCCUCAGCGUGGCCAUUGUGGACAGCAGCGCGUCCGAAGCGAACCAGAGAGACUGCUUGCGGUCCAGAGGGGAGGACUACCGAGGAGAGCUGCAGGUCUCCUCUUCAGGACUCAGCUGCCUCAACUGGACCAACACCACCAGAGACUACGAUGUCACCCUCCACCCCGAUUCACAGACAGGUGCUGGAGAUCACAGUUACUGCCGAAACCCGGACGCCUCUGAGAGGCCUUGGUGCUACAUCGUGGGUCCAGACGAAGCCAUCCAGAGACAGUUUUGUACAAUUGAGACAUGCAGAGAGCAAACGUCUGCGGUGCCAGAGUCGGAGUCAGAGGUCAAACCACUCGGCCCAUCAGGAACCACUCCCCCCACAGAGAGCUUCCAGUCCGCCAAGUCCAGAGCGUCUCAGGGAGACGUUGCCGCCGUGCAGCCGGUGAUGGGGAUCAGCCAGCGAGUUCGCACAGGGCCGAAAAAGAAGAAGGACCUCGGCACUCUGGGAUAUGUUCUCGGCAUCCUAAUGAUGGCAAUUAUAAUAAUCCUCGGUGUAGGCAUCACGUUUGGCUACUUCUAUAAGAGGGGUCAGGAUUUGAAGAAGCAGCACGAGCAGCGGGUGUACGAGCGCGAGAUGCAGAGGAUCACCCUGCCCCUGUCGGCCUUCUCCAACCCCACCUGCGAGCUGGUGGACGAGAACACCAUCGUGAUCACGGCGGAGCAGGAGACGACCCCCGUGCAGGAGGGCGGGGACCCCCUCAUGGGGCAGCAGGCUGGCACCCCCGGAGCGUGAAGCCUGUCGUCCUCCAACGGGACUUUUUUUUUUCUACUUUCUGUGGACCAAGAAAAAAAAAAAAAAAUCCCAAGUCGCUGUUUCUCCUUGGCACCUCCCCUGACUAACCUCUGUCCUGAUGGAGUCGGGCGGCAGCAGCAGCAGCAGCAGCGUCGGCUCCAAAGACUUGAACUGAAUCCCGUGUCUCUUUUUCAACCUUUUAUUUCUGAGUGAGACACAAACGAGAUAAGCUGACGCACACUGGACGCGGUGUUGAGAGCUGGAAGCUAUUCUGGUGAAUCCGUUGAGUGACAGCUGAGGUCAGAGGUCAGAGACGCCCCUCAUUAAACAGCAGCAUGCGCGUCUGGUCAAAGGACCACGACUAUUCAGUGUUUAUGAUGUUGCUGGAUGAAACUUCUUUUUUUUGUGAAGAGAUGGUGUUUGGAUUGAGGGAAAUGUUUCUUACCUUGUUUUUAUUGUUACAGGAGGUUACCUGCGUUAGAUUUUGAUUCGUCUCGGCUCUGCCGAGGGGGACAACGGGGAUUCGGCGUGUGUGCGCACAAAGACCGCUUUGUCUCUGACACACAGAUGACACAGAUGUGUCUCCAAAAAUAGGCAUUCCCUUCUGAGACAGGAUGAGGAAGCUUGAGUUGAAACAGAUCCAGCGAAAGACGAGGAAAGGCCUCCGACUCUUGAGACUGCCUUAGCACGAAACGUCUGAAUGUAUUAGUUUAUCCUUUCCUCCUUUAUUUAGCCUCUUUGAGCCGAGCGACGAGCCGGAGGAGCUGAAGUCGUCAUCGGCAGACAUGAAAGAAGACAUGCCCUUUUCUUCCACAGGUUAAGGAGUGACAGGAAAUACACAGAGCGCUCUCAGGACUCCGAGAGACAGUCGUCAGUCCUCAGGAAAAAGAAAAAAACUAAACAAAAAUAGCACUGCCACAGCACAGAACUGACGGGUUAAGAGAGAGAAGGCUGUCUCUUCAGUGCAGGACAGUUUGUGCUGACAUGAUUCGAUUCAGUCACGCGAGUUUUCCACUUCAUGCUUCAGAGUAGAUUACAAACCGUUCCUGGUGUCAUUAUUUAAUUUCCUCUAAAACAUGAAUGCAUGAAUAUGGCUACCUACUGUACGUUUGUCUCUCAGGAGCUUCUCUCUUGCAUCUUUAGAAGUACAUUUAGAAAAUGCCUGCCUGAAGAAAAACUCUAGAACUGAAGAGAUUUGAGUUUGUUACACGUGAUGUGUUGUUACUCCUUCGCUGUAUUGAAGGUUUAUUAGUGUCAUUCCAUCACUCCAGGUGAUCUUGUUUUGCCAAUAUAGCUGGAUUCACAUCACUGCUGAUCUUUGGUUACCGCUGCUCCAUUAUUUUAAAAGCCUGAGUGCUGGCUGUGCUUUUUAUUUCUUAUUCAUAUCACGUUCAGCUUAUUGUUUAGCACUUGUCUUGAUGUGAAUGCGGAUUUUCAUUGAUGUGACUGAAAUAAAACAUCGAAGUGACA